ACGAAACUCAUUCCCGGGUUUCCGUCGUCAUCGCCCCGGCCCAUCGCUCCGGGCAUCAACCCCCGAGGACCCGGCGGCAUUCCUGUGCCGCCCUGACGUAGCAUUGCCCGCCCGCCGUGCUGGGGAACCCGGCGCUGUAGACACACUGAAGACUGCCGUCCAAGCCGAAGCAGAUGCAACUCUUUGCAUUGACCUGGCCAAUGGAAUGCACUUCGAUUGGCUUCUUUUUUCCUUCCGCUAUUCCCGCAGAGCCGCAUGCCUCUAUUUUCUCCUUCUUGACCGCAUGUUGGCGCGAUGGGAUGGCGAUGCUGCGAUAACUCGGCAUUCGGACAAUGGGAUGGCGUAGUCGUCUACAGCUUCGCGUGACCACCACUAUGAUCUGCAGCCGCCAGCCCGACUUUUUGAAUAGAAAAAGAAAGAAACUAGGCUUUCUGUUACGCCUUACAUUCUUUCAUCUAUGAAUUCCCGACCUGCCGUUUGACUGCGACGACCCGGAUUCUCCGCACAUCGGCGCAUUGGGUGAUUCAGUCACAUCAUUGCUCUCCACCUUUUCGUGUUGGCGGUCUCCAGAAGAGGAAAAAAGAAAAAAAACUCGCUGUGGCACGCGCUAGAACUGGCGCUGGAAAACGAAGCACUCGGCGCCACAUGACAAGUGCGGCGGGAAGCUUUUUUUUUUCUCUAGUGUUUAAAAACCACUCCAUUUAUUUGUUCUUCAUUCUUACUUUUCAAAGAUUGUUCUUUUGGGCAUUGUUUCACCAAGUAUUUCUUUCUCAGGCCCAAAAUACAAUGGCAGACUCGACUAAUAUGCAGGUGUGUGCUGCUGCUGCUACGGCUACGCCCGCAUGUGAAAUCACACCCUGCCAGCAGCAACUCCAACAACAGCAACAUCACGACCAACGACCAGUGUCCCAAUCAUCCAUUGUCGACGACUCGUCCACCGUAGCGGCUCUGUCGCAGCGGCCGUGUAAGAAUAAGCGAGGAUGGCGCAAGAUUGUUCGCAACUUUACGCCUUCUUGGUUCUCCGUCAUCAUGGGCACUGGCAUCGUCUCCAUUCUCCUACACAACCUCCCCUAUAAUGCCAACUGGAUCCAAUACAUCUCCUACAUCUUCUUUGCACUCAAUGUGCUCUUGUUUACGGCCUUUACACUCAUCUCUGUGGCAAGAUACGCCCUGUUCCCUGAGAUUUGGGGCGCCAUGAUUUCCCAUCCAGCUCAGUCUCUAUUUCUCGGCUGCUUCCCAAUGGGAUUUGCUACCAUCAUCAACAUGAUGAUCUUUUGCUUGCGGCCAUGGGGCACUUGGGUCGUUCAUCUCGCUUGGGCCUUUUGGUGGAUUGAUACAUUCCUCUCCAUGGCCACAUGCAUCUCUAUGCCCUUUAUCGUAAUGCACCGCCACAAACCCGGCCUGAAGAAUACAACAGCCGCCCUUCUGCUGCCCAUUGUCCCCGUGGUCGUCGCGGCUGCGACUGGCGGUAUCGUUGCCGAAGUUCUGCCUAACCCGGACCAUGCCUUUACCACUCUCAUCAUCUCUUACAUCCUUUGGGGAAUCGGCCAGACGCUUUCCGCCUGUGUUUUGGCCUUGUACUUCCACCGCCUAACAGUCCACUCGCUCCCCCCCCGCGAGGUCAUCGUCUCCGUCUUCUUGCCUGUUGGAUUUCUAGGUCAGGGAGGAUUUGGCAUUCAGCAGUUGGGCAAGGUUGCCGUUCAGCGCUUACAUGAAAGCCAAAUGUUCAAUGUCGCCGGUGUAGACGCUACACGUGGCGCCGAGAUCCUCUACGUUGUCGGAGUCUUCCUCGCCCUCCUCAUGUGGGGAUUUGCCCUCGUCUGGGUGUCCUUUGCCCUCAUCAGUCUGGCUACUACGCAAAACUUCCCAUUUAACAUGGGGUGGUGGGGAUUUACCUUCCCUCUUGGUGUCUGGGGCACAUGUACAGGCGGGCUGGCAGCAAAUGUCAACAGUGACUUUUUCAAGGUUGCUACCAUGAUAAUCUCCUUGUCGGUUGUAGCUCUCUGGAUCAUGGUUGCAACGAGAACGACUUACAUGGUCAUUACCGGCGACAUGUUUGUUGCACCAUGUCUAAAGGAGCUGAAGGAGAAGCCAGUCACCGUGAAAGACGACACUAAGAUUGUCUAAAUCACCGUACAGAACUUUUAUACUUUCUUAUCAACUAAGUGAUGGCGUUCUGGUACAUUUUGUUUGGAGCAAGUAUACGGGAAGUCCCUGGAUUUUGGCAUAUAUAAUUGAAAGCAUGGCCAACAUACGUCUACUUUUGCUUUUGGCCGAUUGCCGUAUUUGGCAAAUGAUAAAUCAAAUCUAAUAACGCCUCGGAAUAUGCUAGAUACUGUUCAUUCUUCUGCUAGAGCCAUCUUGCAUAGGCCCAUCGAAUUCUCUCAAGCGCCUUGGCCUGCGUGGGGAUGCCUUUGAUAUUCGCCAGGUCAUCCAAAUCUUCCAGAAACUCCUUUCUAAUAUCGCGAGGCAUGAGCCUCGUCACCAUACUUCGUAGUACGUGAACCUCACACAGAAGCAGACCGUGAUCCUUGUAUGAGAGCACGUUAUUCUGUGUUGGCUGCGCCUCUGACAAAAUGCGAUCAAUGUUUCGAAGUGUUCGAACGACCCGACUUGCCUGGAGGCUCUGGCGGCGACCACUGCGGCCGCCAAACACGCCUCGCAGAUACUGGACGCUUCCAAUAGAGACUAGCACACCCGGCGUGAGGCCGACGAAGCCAAACACAAGCUCCUGGCUCUUAAGAAGCGAGUCAAUACCAGUCAUAGCAACCUCCAAGUCAACCUUUGUCUUUUGAACUUGAAUGAGCAGCGAUCGGACAAGGUCACCUCGAAGCGCACCCAUGAAUGGGCUCUUUAGGUCUUUUUCAUAGGCUCGUAAGACAGGUGUGACAUCACCUUCGGCCACCUUUCGUCGGAUUUCAUCAAUGUGAGACUCAGUCAAGCUUGAUGCUGCACCUGCAAAGUGAGGCUUAUCAACAGCAAACUCAACCACCAUUCUCUCCAAACUCUCACGGUCCGCCUUUAGGCUGUCGCGGCUCAUGAUUGCAAUCUCGCUCGUUUCGUCGUGUCGAAUCGUUUUGAUAACUUUCUGAGUGGGCUCAACGAUCCAGUUGAACCAAAAAUCGCGGAUUGUACUUCCCAAAUCAGUUACCCAUUCGAUGAUUUCCGCGCGUCGAUUUGUGAGCACUCGGAGGACUGUCGUUGAGGACACCAAACCUAUCAAAGCUGGUAACCACCAUCGAACAAGCGUGCUAGGUCGUCCGUUGUUUGUGGCUAGAGCCUGCAUUGAUAUCAUGUGCUGGGGUAGGCUCUUGUCGAUGAUGCGGAGUAGGCGUCGCGCCAAAACUGCAGGCCGCUCUGGCGUGGCAGACUCUUCCAAAUGAAUGGAGAGUUCAGGGUCCUCUUCGACACCAGCAAAAACCUUGUCCUCAAAGUCGCCCAGUGGAGUGUCCAGGGAACAGACCUCCUUCAGUACCAUAUCAAUUAGAGCAACACUGCGCUCAACGAUUCCUUUCAAGUCAGGCGAGUGCAGCUGGGCGGAUUUGGGUUCGUCCUCAUGGUCAAACUGGAGUCCUUCGUCCAUCAGCACACCAAGACCACUUGCAGUAAUCUCGCGGAGCCUUUGCAGUGAUGCCUGCUUCUUUCUGGCCACGGACCGGCACAGUGCAAGAGGCGACAACACUUUACGCUGGACAUUAGCCAGAGAUCGUUCAGUGAUGCUCUCACGGACAAUGUUAUAAAACUGGCUCCAUUGCUGGGUCAUACCAGAGCUUGUAGAUUCAACAAAGUCGCCCGGAACUUGUCUCAUUGAAAGAGAUCGCAUGCGAGCCUUGCUUGUCGAGUAUACAUCCAAUGUCCAAGCCCAUAGUCGCAGCGGCGAUGUUUGAACUGUAUAGACACUACUGUAUGUGUACGAGUUGAGGAUCUCAGACCAGUACCAUAUAUCAUCGCUUAAAGGUAUAAUGCGGUCGAGGAGGGUGUUGAGGACUGAUCCGUAUAUAUGUACCGUAGCUUUGCUAACCAAAAGCCAUUCGAUUUCUUCUUCGUAAGGUGUUUUGCUCUCCACAUCAUUGUCGGUGCCCUUUGUCGUUGCUAUAUCGAUUGAAGCUAUUCCCGAUUGAAGCAAAAGAGACUUGACACGGUCUACCGGCAAUAACGGCUCAGAAGUCGAUGUGGUGCUAAGGGCUCGGACAAGCGGGAGCAGUUCGUUCAGCUUGGGCGUUGCCAGAGAAUCGGCCGUAAUCAGGUCAUGAUGACCAUGCUCGGAAGCUCCA